CAUCAAAUAAUUUACGCGAGAAUAUAAUAAGACUAUUUCUAAUUAGUGUACAAAAUUUUUCUAAAGUUUUCCCCCACCAUCAUUGACAUAGUUUCUCCAUAUUCCCCUCUUCUUCUCCUUCCAAGACCAAAGAUAGAAAAACCUUUUUUUUUUUUUUCUUUUUGAUGAAUUAUCUCUACUAGCUAUGAGGUGAAGAUCAUAUCAACUUAACCAUCAACGAUCUACCAUGGCUAGUACUAGCAACAAAGGUAAAGGAAUAGCAGAAGGAUCGUCUCAACCGCAACCACAACCACACCAACCGCAAUCACCUCCUAACCCGCCAGCGUUAAGCCGGUACGAGUCACAGAAAAGGCGAGACUGGAACACGUUUUGUCAAUACCUGCGUAACCAACAGCCACCGGUUCACAUCUCGCAGUGUGGCUCAAACCACAUCCUAGAUUUCCUCCAAUAUCUCGACCAAUUCGGGAAGACAAAGGUUCAUAUCCAUGGAUGCGUUUUCUUCGGACAGGUUGAGCCAGCGGGACAGUGUAACUGUCCUUUGAAACAAGCGUGGGGGAGUUUAGAUGCUUUGAUCGGACGGCUAAGAGCGGCUUUCGAGGAGAACGGAGGGUUGCCGGAGAGAAACCCUUUUGCCGGCGGCGGAAUUAGGGUUUUUCUGAGGGAAGUGAGAGAUUCACAGGCGAAGGCAAGAGGAGUUCCGUACAAGAAAAGGAAGAAGAGGAAGAAGAGGAAUCCAAUGAAGAGUCAUGAUGGUGAAGAUGGUACUACGGGAACUACUAGUAGCUCCAACUUGCCUUCUUAGCGGAAGCAAACAAAAUAUUAAUAAAACAACAGUGGGGUUAAUUAAUGGUAAGCAUUUCUUUAUAUAUAAUCGAUCUCUAUUUACUUACCACGUUUCUGAUCUGUAGCAAUUCUACAUAUGUAUUAAAUACAUCUUGAUAGUAAGCUUUUGUUGCAGACUUGAGUUUUAUACA